AUGUCGACAGCUACUCAGACUGCUGCUUCCGCGGCUAACCUUCCAUACACUUGCAAUACCUGCCUUGUUGCUUUCCACCGCAGCGAUGCGCAAAGGGAUCACAUGCGCAAGGACUGGCACUUGUACAACAUGAAACGCCGUAUCGCUGCACUACCGCCGGUCUCCCUCGAAACUUUCAACGAAAAAGUUCUUGCCGCCAAAGCCACAACCAGCGAAGCUGCCGCGAAGGCCUCUUUUGAGAAGACCUGCCAUGCUUGCCAGAAAACUUUUUUCAGCGAGAACUCCUACCAGAAUCACGUCAAGAGCUCCAAGCACAAGCAACGUGAGGCGCGUUUGAGCAAAGAGGGCGAUGCUGCGUCCGUCAUGAGCUCCACAUUCUCGCUUGGAGAGCCUGUCAAGUCUCACGACGAGGUCUCCCACGUCACCGAUGGUCUUCAAUCCGCUACCAUUCAGGAAGACGAGGAGGCUGAUGACGAGGACAUGCACAAGGAAGAGUUCUCGACCGCUCGCUGUCUGUUCUGCCGUGUCGACGCGGCUGAUGUUCACACUAAUGUCGAGCACAUGAAGAAGAAGCACGGAAUGUUCAUUCCCGAAUGGGAGUACUUGGCUGAUCUGGAUGGUCUCAUCAAAUAUCUUCACCGCAAGAUUAACGAGAACUUUGAAUGUCUUUACUGCCAUGCCAUUCGCAACAAUGCCGCUGGAUGCCGCGCUCACAUGAAUGACAAGGGCCAUUGCAUGAUUGCUUUCGAGACUGAAGAGGAGCAGAUUGAGAUUGGACAAUACUACGACUUCCGAAGCACUUAUACUGACAACGAGGAUGAGGGGAUGGAGGACUCGCCUGACAAGAACGGUGGAGUUAAGGUCUCUGAUGGAGAUGACGAGGGUUGGGAGACAGACGCCUCUUCUGUCGACGAGGAGGAGGAGAUUGACUCGAACCGCAAGCAACCUCUUGUCUACCAAGAUGAAUACGAACUUCAUCUUCCUUCUGGCAAGAGCGUUGGCCACCGCUCGCUUGCUAAGUACUAUCGUCAAAAUCUGCACAGCCACCCUUCACCCGACGAGCGUGCCGCUCGCCAGCUUGCUAUUGAGAACGGCGAGAUUGAAGCCGAUGAAGAGAAGCCUCGUGGCCGCAACCAACACCGUGCUCUUAUCACUCGUGCCAACGGUGGUACGGGUAUGAUUGGCGCCACGGAAGAGCAGAAACAGACGGUUCUUACCUCCGAGCGACGCGAGAGAACUCGCGCUCUUCGCCACGAGAAUCGCUAUGUGGCCCGUGUCCAGCGAACCAACAACAACCAGAAGCACUUCCGCGAUCCCCUUCUCCAAUGA